GAUCAAGUGCUGCGCUCCCCCGCACUCCUCAGUCAGCGCACUCCCAGCCUGGUUUCACCUUUUGUCCUUUUCUUUUUUAUCCGUGGGAACACGUCACGUAGUGAGCGCACGUUUCCAUUUUGUGUGGCAUUUAAAGAGUCAGUUCCUUUCGCUGGACACAGCGGAGAAAGCCAUCCAAGACCGUGUGUGUGUGUGUGUGUGUGCCGGGCUGCAGCUGAACCACUCAGCCGACCGGGGGUCUGAGGUGGGCGGAGACUGAGCCAGAGGUCCUCCCGUCCGCAGCGACGCACCGAGCAUUUCGGACUCAGCAACCGUACCCGUCCGAGGAGGAGACAUCAUGGCAACGACUACUUGUACGCGUUUUACAGAUGAAUACCAGCUGUACGAGGAGCUUGGCAAGGGGGCCUUUUCAGUGGUGCGCCGCUGUGUCAAACUCUGCACAGGCCAGGAGUAUGCCGCCAAAAUCAUCAACACCAAAAAGCUCUCGGCCAGAGACCAUCAGAAACUGGAGAGAGAAGCUCGGAUCUGCAGAUUGCUCAAGCACCCCAACAUCGUUCGUCUCCAUGACAGUAUCUCAGAGGAGGGCUUCCACUAUCUCCUCUUUGACCUGGUGACAGGAGGGGAGCUGUUUGAGGACAUUGUGGCUAGAGAGUACUACAGUGAAGCAGAUGCCAGUCAUUGCAUCCAGCAGAUCCUGGAGGCCGUGCUCCACUGCCAUCAGAUGGGGGUGGUACACAGAGAUCUCAAGCCGGAGAACCUGCUGCUGGCCAGCAAGUGUAAGAACGCAGCAGUGAAGCUGGCGGACUUUGGACUGGCCAUCGAGGUUCAAGGAGAACAGCAGGCUUGGUUUGGUUUUGCGGGGACCCCCGGGUACUUGUCCCCAGAGGUGCUGAGGAAGGAGGCGUACGGUAAACCUGUGGACAUCUGGGCCUGUGGUGUGAUCCUCUACAUCCUUUUGGUUGGGUACCCACCAUUCUGGGACGAGGACCAGCACAAACUCUACCAGCAGAUCAAGGCUGGAGCCUACGACUUUCCCUCCCCAGAGUGGGACACCGUGACUCCGGAGGCUAAAAACCUGAUCAACCAGAUGCUGACGAUCAACCCGGCCAAAAGAAUCACUGCCCAGGAGGCUCUGAAGCACCCAUGGGUCUGCCAACGCUCAACAGUGGCCUCCAUGAUGCACAGACAGGAGACGGUCGAGUGCCUGAAGAAGUUUAACGCCAGGAGGAAACUCAAGGGUGCCAUUCUGACCACCAUGCUCGUCUCCAGGAACUUCUCUGCAGCCAAGAGUCUCCUCAACAAGAAGGCUGAUGUCAAGCCUCAGACAAACAGCACGAGAAACAGCAUAGUCACCAGUCCCAAAGGCAACGUCCCCUCUGCAGCGCUGGAGCCUCAGACUACUGUUAUCCAUAACCCAGUAGAUGGGAUCAAGGAAUCAUCUGACAGCAGCAACACCACCAUCGAGGAUGAAGAUGUGAAAGCUCGCAAACAGGAGAUCAUAAAGAUCACAGAGCAGCUCAUCGAAGCUGUCAACAAUGGAGACUUUGAGGCCUACGCGAAGAUCUGUGACCCUGGUCUGACCUCGUUUGAGCCCGAGGGGCUGGGUAACCUGGUGGAGGGAAUGGACUUCCACAGAUUUUACUUUGACAAUCUCCUCUCCAAGAACAGCAAGCCCAUCCACACCACCAUCCUCAACCCUCACGUGCACAUGAUCGGAGAAGACGCCGCCUGCAUCGCCUACAUCCGCCUGACUCAGUUCGUGGACGGGCAGGGCCGUCCUCGCUCCAGCCAGUCAGAGGAGACCAGGGUAUGGCACCGCAGGGACAGCCGGUGGCAGAACGUGCACUUCCACUGCUCAGGAGCUCCUGCUGCCCCACUGCAGGGAUGAGGUAUGUGAGGCUGAAGAGGAGGCAGAGAGGAGCAGAAAGCGGAUGAGUGGAUAAUCUGAGAGCGAGAGUCAGGUCGGAGAGAGAGGCGCGGGUGGACAGAGGGAGCCUUCAAGGAGUCUGAAGAGUGGUGCUCGUCCUCCUGCGCUCCGCACGCCCACCUCGCUCUUCUCUCUCUGUCUGUCUACAAACUCAGCAACAGACACCGACGCUCCCGUCAGUGCAGCAGAGGGCGGAUCGGAACAGAAACUCUCAGCCUGCGUCUUGUCUUCAGUCGGCCUGUGUGUGGCUGCAGUGUGGCACCCUCCUGUUGAACGUUCCCCCUUUUACUUCUCCAACAUAGCGUUAUUGUUCCUUACUUCUAGUAUAACUAUGGCUGCAGUCUAUCAUUGUGCUCUGACAUCUGUACAGUGUAUUGAUUAGUCAUUUGAAACCUUUCUUCUGCUUCUUUUAUAUGAUGAGCACA